AUUGGCCGUGACGCCCUACUAAAGCGCUGCCCAAUCGCGCUCCGGCAGUUGUUUCAGCGACCCUGUGCCUGCUGGGUGAACAUGGCGGAUCGCCUCACGCAGCUGCAGGACGCGGUGAACUCGCUUGCAGAUCAGUUUUGUAAUGCCAUUGGAGUGUUGCAGCAAUGUGGUCCUCCUGCCUCUUUUAAUAAUAUUCAGACAGCAAUUAACAAAGACCAGCCAGCUAACCCUACAGAAGAGUAUGCACAGCUUUUUGCAGCACUGAUUGCGCGAACAGCAAAAGACAUUGAUGUUUUGAUAGAUUCCUUACCUAGCGAAGAAUCUACAGCUGCUUUGCAGGCUGCUAGCUUAUAUAAGCUAGAAGAAGAAAACCAUGAAGCUGCCACAUGUUUGGAAGAUGUUGUUUAUCGAGGGGACAUGCUUCUGGAAAAGAUACAAAGUGCUCUUGCUGAUAUUGCACAGUCACAGCUGAAGACAAGAAGUAGUACCCAUAGCCAGUCUCUUCCAGAUUCAUAGUGCCAGUGAAUACCACAUGGCUGAGAAAAGAACUGUUUUCAAUGCCAUUAAGAAUUCUACAUCAACAACAAUAACACCAAAAUAAAAAAGAAUUCUACAUCAGAUUUAGGUGUAAGCCUUAUCAACAGUUAUAGAUACAUUAAAUACUGACAUGUGUUACCUUUUUCACUAUUUUUAAUAGUCUGUUUUAACUUUUGAUAAAUAAGCUUAUAAAAUUGUGAUUGAAUCAGCUUUAAA